ACUCUCGUUCUCGUCUUAGUCGCCGGAGGUCUUAUCUCCGUCGUAUCAAGUCAGCCUCAACGAUCCGAUUUGUUUUUUUAGACAAAGGAAGGUAGAUUCUCUGGGUAUUAAGUUUUCUUCUAUGAGACAGACAUGUUGGAUUUUGUGCUUAAUGACUAGGUAAUGAAGGCUAUAUGUGAUAGAUUUGUUCCUUCAAAAUGUUCUUCAUCAAGCACAAGUGAAAAGCGUGAUAUAUCCCCGGCAUCUCUAGUUUCAGAUUCACCGUCUAGUGACGACAAGUCAAACUUGACGCUAUGCUCGGAUGUGGUUGCGUCUUCCUCCCCAGAUUCUCAACCUUGUAGGGAAGCUUCAACUUCCGAGCAUAAGCCAGUUUGCACUACACAUAAUAGUUGGACAGUUAUUUUAAAAACAGCUUCUAUGGCUAGUGGGGCAAUUAGGAGAUUUCAAGACCGUGUAUUAGGGCCGAGUAGGACGGGUAUUUCCAGCAGUACAAGUGAGAUAUGGCUCCUGGGUGUCUGUUAUAAAAUCUCAGAGGCUGAAUCCUCAGAAGAAGCAGAUGCUGGCCGUGUAUUGGCUGCAUUCAGACAAGAUUUUUCAUCCUUAAUACUAAUGACAUAUCGUAGAGGUUUUGAGCCUAUUGGAGACACAACUUAUACUAGUGAUGUAAACUGGGGUUGCAUGCUUCGAAGCGGCCAGAUGCUCUUCGCACAGGCGUUGCUAUUCCAAAGGCUGGGAAGGUCUUGGAGGAAAAAGGAUUCCGAGCCUGCAGAUGAGAAAUACUUAGAGAUCUUAGAACUUUUUGGUGAUACUGAGGCUUCAGCAUUCUCGAUUCACAAUCUUAUACUAGCUGGAGAAUCUUAUGGCCUGGCUGCUGGGUCAUGGGUAGGACCAUAUGCUGUUUGUCGAUCAUGGGAAUCAUUAGCUGGGAAGAAAAAAGAAGAAACUGAUGUUAAAUACAAGUCAUUUUCCAUGUCUGUUCAUAUCGUUUCUGGCAGUGAAGAUGGAGAGAGAGGUGGAGCUCCAAUUCUCUGUAUUGAAGAUGUCACCAAAACUUGUAUGAAAUUUUCAGAAGGAGAAACUGAGUGGCCGCCAAUUCUUCUCUUGGUCCCUCUGGUUCUCGGGCUUGACAAAGUGAACCCCAGGUACAUUCCGUCUCUGAUAGCCACCUUCACGUUCCCUCAAAGCCUCGGCAUUUUGGGCGGCAAACCAGGUGCAUCAACUUACAUAGUUGGAGUUCAAGAAGACAAAGGUUUCUACCUUGAUCCGCAUGAUGUUCAACAGGUAGUGACAGUCAAGAAAGAAAAUCAAGAUGUUGACACAUCGUCUUACCAUUGCAAUACCCUCCGUUAUGUUCCGCUUGAGUCACUCGACCCGUCACUAGCUCUCGGAUUCUAUUGCCAGGACAAAGAUGAUUUUGAUGAUUUCUGUAUCCGAGCAACGAAGCUAGCAGGGGACUCUAAUGGCGCUCCUCUCUUUACUGUGACUGAAUCUCACAGAACAAAUGACUGUGGAAUUGCAGAAACCAGCAGCAGCACAGUGACAUCUACAGAGAUCUCUGGUGAGGAACAUGAAGAUGACUGGCAAUUACUUUGAACAUUUUUACUAGCCAUUCUAUUUCAUUGUGUGACUUUGUUCAAUUAUCAAAAUACCAUUCUUUUUACAUCGAAUACUAAGAUUUGAUGUUGUAUAAUAAAGAAAAAUCCAGAUU